AAGUAAGCAUAUAAAAGCCAAAUAAGUAAAGUAAAGUUCCCUGUUUGUUCAUGAGAAGGCCAAAGUGGUAUGUAUAUUUUCAUUUGUGUUUUAUAUUUUGUAUAUGUUCAUUUAUUCAAUUGUACACCACUUCAUUGUAUCACCAGUUCUACGGUGGACCUGUAGUGAAAGAAAGACUACAGUAAACAUCAGUUAAACAAGAACUCUCGAGUCUCCAUUCGUGAACAAGCCGGUAUAGUAGAACACUUCUGCUUCGGAGAGAGAAAGUAGAACACCUCUGCUUCGGAGAAGGGAAAGUAGAACAUUUCUGCUCUGGAGAAAGAAUUCCAGAGAAGGUAACAUGGCGGCCGGAAGAAGCUACAAGUAAGACAUGCUACACACGCUUGGAAAAUGCAUUGAAGUCGUCAAUAAGCAAGCUAAUAAGUAAAAGCUAAUCAAGAAAGCACUAAGACUUGUGUAUAGCAAGUAUGACAAGUACUUCCAAAUUGACAUUUACGCAAAAAGUUGCACAUUUGCCAACAAGAUAAAAGUCACUGUAUGUGUAUAAAGUGAAAACAAGGCAAAAUGGCAGAAGACAAGAAAGAUAUUAUCCAGCCCACUGAACAAAGCAGUGCAGCAUUAUUUGUGCAGGAUGAAAAUAAAGAACAGCAUUCAGAAGCUCAAGCAGUUGGAGAAGAAACACUUCUGUCAUCAAUGUUCACUGAUAGCACACAUCCAGAAGUUCCACGUAGAAGUCAGCGUGCACGCACUCUCACUGAAAAAGGAAAAUCCUUACAAGAAGCAAAGUUCAAUGAUUUGGUAAAGGACUUUGAGCGAAUUUAUAAGAAGUGGAAAUACCAAAUUAACAGUUUUAAAAGAAUGCUGAAAUACAAGGACACUGAUUUGCUACCUGAAGCUGUGAGUGCCAUAAGCGCUAUCAGGACUGAGAUAUGUGAAAUCUAUGACAAAUUCAGAAGUAGGGAUGAAAUUCCUGAUUUUGAAAUAAGAAGAAAAUGUGAUAUGUGCUGGCCUAUCACUGAAGCAGCCAGAGCAAAAGCUCAGUGUCUUCUGGAAGAAAAAGGUGAUCCAGAUAGCAUCGCCUGGCCUGACUCAGAGUCAGUUUUUGAAGGUAGUUCUUCAAGCGUUUCUUCUAUACUGACUCAUAAAUCAAAGUCCAUGUCAGGAAUGUCCCAACAGUCAUCUGUAGUUUCACUACAACAAAGACAAGCUGCAGCUGAAGUAGCAGCUUCUGAAGAAGUCAUUAAAAUAAUGAAAACACAGCAUCAAUGUGAAGAAGAAAUAAGAGAACUUGAAGUUGAGGAUGCAAAGAGAAGAGCUCAAUUUCUGACAGAAAGCACAACAAUAAAGACCAAGUUAGAGGAAAAGAGAAAAGAAGUGGAACUAUUAAAAGAAAUUCAAAAGCACAAUGCAGCUCAAGCCAGAUUAAGGGUGUAUGCUGAAAGUCUAAACAGUGAGUUUGAAGAAAAAUCUCCUGUUUCCAAAUCUGAAGUUAAACAUGAUAGUUCUCUUCCACAACCGUGCGUUCUCAAUGUCCAUUCUAAACCAUUUGUUCCAUCUCAAGUUGCUGCUCUCACAAGUCAGCAGUUUGCACCUCAACAAGCAGCUGUGCAGCAACCAGCAAUGACAACUGCAACAUCCAUUGAUCUCGUACAGACAUUGGCUGAAGCAAUCACGGCAAACAGAAUUCCAAUCCCGGCGCCUGCUAUCUUCACAGGUGACCCGCUGCAGUUUAAUGAUUGGAAACUGUCUUUUCAGACAUUAGUUGAUCGUAAAAAUAUCCCAACUCAAGAAAAACUUUUCUUCCUAAGAAAGUAUGUUGGAGGUUCAGCUAAAAUGGCCAUCGAAGGACACUUUUUAGUUGGAACAGAUGCAGCCUAUUCUGCUGCCUGGGAAAUUCUCAAUGACAGGUUUGGAGAUCCCUUUGUGAUUGGCAAGUCAUAUCGAGAUAAGAUUCAGUCGUGGCAUAAAAUCGGCACCAAAGACAGUAAAGAUUUACGCCAGUUUGCAGAUUUCCUAACAAGUGUUGAAUCAGCCAUGCUUUGUAUUAAAAGUCUACAAGUAUUGAAUGGCUGUGUAGAAAAUCAGAGAAUAGCAGCAAAGCUCCCUGAUUGGCUAAGUGCACGCUGGAAUAGAAAGGCGACAGAAUUCCAAGAUGAACAUAAAAUGUUCCCUGACUUCAGUUAUUUUGUGAAAUUUCUGAAUAAAGAAGCAAGAAUUGCAUGCAAUCCAAUCACUUCGUUGCAGGCAAUGAAGCCAAGUGAACUAGAUAAGUACACGUUCAAAGAGAAGCCAAGAGGGAACAAAAUGCGUAAUGCUAAAUCACUCAGCACAAGCUCCAAUGAAAAACCAAAUAUCACGUCUUUUUUGUAAGAAACCUGGUCACACAAUUCAUAAAUGUCGAAAGAUCCUCGAAAAGUCAGUGGAGGAAAGAGUUAAGUUUGUACAGUCUGAAAAACUGUUUUGGCUGUCUCAAGUCCGGUCAUAACUCCAAACACUGUACUUCAAGAAGUGUUUGUGACAAGUGCCAAAAGCCUCAUCCAACGUGUCUUCAUCAAGACAGAGAGAAAAGAGACAAAGAACAAAGACCAAAGAACAAUCAAGUAAGAUCAACAUCAAAUCAGGAAACAGUGUCAGAAGAACAAGAAUCCACACAAGUUACGUCUAACAGAGUAGUGCAACAAAGGUCACAAGGUUGUACUUCUUCAGUUAUUCCAGUCUAUGUCUCAACGGUGGAUGAACCAAAAAACGAAAGACUUGUGUAUGCUUUGCUUGACACUCAAAGCGACACCACAUUCAUUUUGAAGGACACAGCUGAGACCUUAAACACAAAGUCUGAGCCGGUCAAACUUAAGAUCUCCACAAUGACUUCUAAAACAAAGAUCGUGUCAAGCCACAAGAUGAAAGACCUACAAGUAAGGGGCAUGAAUUCCGAAACAAGAAUCAAGUUGCCAACAACCUAUACUCGAAACUACAUUCCUGCCAACAGAUCACAUAUUCCUACAAGUAAGACGGCAGAGAAUUGGUCCCAUCUGAAACAUCUCGCAAGUGAGAUGGCACCCAAGCUUGACUGCGAAGUAGGGUUACUGAUUGGGUAUAAUUGUCCUCAAGCUUUACUCCCACUAGAAGUCAUUAGUGGUGAAAGAGACCAGCCAUUCGCACUGAAAUUCCUGCUUGGUUGGUGUAUUAUUGGCUACAGUGACACCGAGUGUGCAUAUGUAGAUGAAAUAGGAGUGAGGCAUCGUGUUAUUGUGAAACGAGUAAUGCCAGCUAUUGAACCAAGUUGUAACCUCAAAGCUGAAGUGCACUUUGUGAACAGAAACAAAGUCAAAGAAGUCACUCCUGCUGAAAUAAUUAAAGUGUUGGAAAUGGACUUUGUUGAAAGAAGCAUAGAAGAAGAGUUGAUGUCACAAGAGGACAUGCUAUUUCUGACUAAAGUAAGAGAAGGCAUCAAACAAAAGCAAGAUGGUCACUUUGAAAUGCCACUACCCUUUAAGAAAGAAAAACCUGAAUUGCCAAAUAACAAAAUUUGUGCAGAACACCGGCUCAAGUGUCUAGAGCAGCGCCUCAGGAAAGAUGAGCGCUACUACAAAGAUUAUGUGGCAUUCAUGCAAGACAUCAUACAGAAGGGUGAUGCUGAAAAGGUGCCAGAAGCUGAGCUACACAAUCAACCAGCAUGGUACAUACCUCAUCAUGGCAUCUACCAUCCACAGAAGCCAAAUAAGAUACGUGUUGUCUUCGAUGCCUCGGCGAAGUUUCAGAAUACAUCUCUGAAUGAACAUCUCCUGUCAGGGCCAGAUCUCACAAACACCCUCGUUGGAGUUCUGUGUCGUUUCAGGAAAGGACAGGUGGCUAUCAUGUGCGACAUAGAGCGCAUGUUUCAUCAAUUUGAUGUCGCCACACAAGACCAGGACUACCUCAGAUUCCUAUGGUGGGUGGACGGUAACAUGGAAAAGCCACCGGCAGUUUUUCGUAUGAGAGUCCACUUGUUUGGCGCAGCAUCAUCGCCUGGUUGCGCAAACUUUGGAUUGAAACAUUUAGCUGACCAAGGAAAAAGUAAGUUCAGUCAAGCCACUGUUAAGUUCAUUCAACGCAACUUCUACGUUGAUGACGGUUUGCUAAGUGUGAAUUCGGAAGAAGAAGCUCUGCAGAUUGUAAGAAGGCCAGAGAACUAUGUGACACAGCAAAGCUGCACCUGCACAAGUUCAUUAGCAACAGCGAAAAGGUGAUUGCUAUUAUUCCAAAAGAAGAAUGUGCAGCAGGAGCAACAGAACUGGAUUUAGCACUGGGAGAGCCGAAGAUGGAAAGAGCCUUAGGAGUUCACUGGUGGGUAACAUCGGACAUAUUCUGCUUCAGAGUUGUCAUAAAAAACAACCCCUUCACCAGAAGAGGAGUGCUCUCCACAGUGGCCUCAAUAUUCGACCCACUCGGAUUUGUGGCCCCAUUCAUUCUCGUCGGCAAAAGAAUCCUCCAAAAAAUGUGUCAGGAAAAGCUGGAUUGGGACGAGCCGCUUCCACAAGAUCUCAAACCUGAAUGGGAAGCCUGGCUUAGAGACCUCCAGAACCUGUCCACAAUCAAGAUAUCACGUUGUUAUGUUCCGUCAACAUUCAACCAAGUGCAACAGUAUGAGUUACACAGCUUUUCUGAUGCCAGUGUAUCCGGUUACGGCGUGUGCUCAUAUCUAAGAACAGUGACGAAGUCUGGAGAAGUUCACUGCACCCUUGUAAUGGGGAAAGCAAGAGGCGCACCUACAAAAGUGACAACGAUUCCAAGACUGGAGCUUUCAGCGGCAGUGGUAGCUACAAGAACAGCUAGCUUUCUGAAAAGAGAGUUAGAAAUACCGGACAUUCAAGAAUACUACUGGACUGAUUCUAAAGUCGUCCUUGGUUACAUCAAUAAUGACGCAAGACGCUUUCAUGUAUUCGUUGCUAACAGAAUACAACAAAUCAGAUCAAGCACAGAACCUAGUCAAUGGCGAUAUGUCUCCUCAGAACUAAAUCCCGCAGAUCACGCAUCGCGAGGAAUCAUGACCAGAGAAUUAGUCGAGUCCAACUGGUUCACUGGCCCAUGUUUCUUAUGGCAAAAGGAACUGCCCAAAGAUGACGUUAAACUGAAAGAGAUUAACACUGAAGAUCCAGAGCUAAAGGUCACGCAUGUUUUCACAGUACAAGCAAAGGAGGAGAAAUAUGUCACUGAACGGCUGCAAAAGUUCUCAGAUUGGACAAGAGCUGUGAAAGCAAUCGCAAGAUUAAGAAGAUAUGUUAAGUCUGCAAAGAAUUCAAAAGUGAUGUCAAAUGAAAGUACUACAUUGGAAGAAAGAAAAGAAGCUGAAGAGUUCAUAUUACGCACAGUUCAAAAGGAGACAUUCAGCAAAGAAAUCAAAUCACUCAAAGACAAAAAAGAACUCAAGUCAUUUCAAUCAAAGUUGUACCAGUUAAGUCCAUUCCUCGACGUGCAUGAUAUCCUUAGGGUGGGAGGCAGACUGACAAAGGCAUCGCUCCAUCCCAACAUUAAACAUCCAGCUAUCAUGCCAAGAGAUCAUCACGUCUCACGUUUGCUCAUCAAACAUUUUCAUGAGAAGAUACACCACCAAGGUCGAGGAAUGACAGUCAAUGAAAUUCGUGCUAAUGGCAUCUGGAUAAUUGGCUGCAGUACUGAAGUUUCAUCAUUCAUAUACAAAUGUGUCAAAUGUCGAAGAUACAGGAAAUACAACCAAGAACAAAAGAUGGGCGACCUGCCAUCUGAAAGACUAGAAGCUACCCCUCCAUUCGCAUGCAGCGGUAUGGAUUGUUUUGGACCUUUCUGUGUUAAGGAAGGGAGAAAGGAAGUCAAGAGGUAUGGACUUAUAUUUACAUGUAUGUGCUAGAGAGCUAUUCAUAUCGAAGUUUUGGAUGACCUCAGCACAGACUGUUUUCUCAAUGCACUGCGUUGUUUCAUUGCAAUACAUGGCAACGUCAGUCAACUGCAUUGCGAUCAAGGCACUAAUUUCAUUGGUGCACGGAAUGAGCUCCUAACACAAGCAACUCAAGAGAAGGUCAAAGGUCUCGGGAUAAGUUUCGUCUUCAACCCACCUGCUUCAGGUCACAUGGGAGGAGUUUGGGAAAGACAAAUUCGGACAAUAAGGAAUGUUCUAAGUAAGCCUGUCGCAAUAUGCAAUAAUUCCAUUUAUCGCGCGAUAUAUAAAAAUGGAGGCGAUAACUUUUCCGCUGCGAUUUAUCGCCUCGCGUGCACGUGUGUGUGCGCGUGCGGCAGACGUGCUGUUAAUAGUUCGUUACCAACUGCGCAAAAUGCAUCUUCGUUCCAGGUCCGCCAAAAACUAGCGCCAGAGCCAAUUGUUCCCAUUAUAUCCUAUUGUUCAACGUAUACCGGCCGCGUCAGUGCUCCGGAGUGACUGUGGACCAUCUAUGGCGCGCCGGUGUUCGGCCAUUCCUUACUACGCGGCGAAACGUUCUACACAAUGCUCAGGGCGCUUGCGCAUGCAUUCACACGCAUGCGCACAUCUGUUAGAGGCGGCGAUUACUCACUAUUUUUGUUUUUAUUUAGUUAUUUAGAACCUUUUCACAGCCUCAAAGAUACUUUUUGCAUGUAUUACCCUCUCAUACUUUUAACCAUUGUGUUUUUUUGUGUUAGCUUUGAAGCAGUUGACCACAUUAGUCACGUAGCGUGUUUAAACCGUCCUUGUUUGAUAUAACUACAUUUAAGUAUUUUCUGCAGGCAUUUUUUUAGUACCUUAUUCCUGUAUGCAUCUAAACAAAACAAGUUUAGAGCGCACGGUAGUACUUUAGGUCUCAAAUUCGACUAAUGUAGGACGUUUCGCCGAUGUAGAAUAUUUUGGCAGAACACCGGUGUUGUUGACGUGCGGGCGCUCCCGUCAGGAGUGACAUUUCACGCGGGGCGGCUAUUUUUCGGCACAACGCUGGAUAUUUACAAUUAAGUCCGCCAAAACAUUGUUACCGACUUGGCUGCUACGAAUAACCUCACUUUGACAAAGAACAGCUGAAUGAAAUUACCGGUAAGAGCGCUGUGCUUCAAACUCGUCCUGUAUAUGAAAGCCCUCAUAUGCUGGUGUUGUGUAGUAAUGAGCAGACGUGACUUUCGCGGCGCUUGCUAACUUUUUUAAUGCGCGCACACACUAGAUAUCAUGAAAUGGCAAACUAGAUGUGCUACUUCCCAUGCCAUUGGCUACGUGAGCCCAGAGUGAUUAUGGGACAUGUAGUCCAUAUACUACAUCGAUGAAUUCUAAACUGUCAUUUGUCACAUGAGAUUAAGAAGGCCAAAUCAAUCCAUACCAGUGCCUAUAGAUAAUGUUGCAAGUAUUGUUAAUUCAGUACGUGACACAAAUGGAUUCGGACCAUAAAUAGGAUGUCUUGCUCAUGUAGUAAACCUAGCUACUAAGAGAGCUGUAGCAAUCAACGGUGUGCCCUGCCUCACUUUACAAACAGUAAAGAUUGUUCUCAGCACUUUUAUGCAAUUUUUUUUCAUAUCAGUAAGAAGUAAGCACAUAAAUAUUAUGCACUAAAAUGCAUGUUUAUAUGAUGGCAAUUUAAUUUUUGCUCGUUAGCAAAAAAAACAAACAAAAAAUACAAUUGUUUUUUGUUUUUUUACAGAGCAUUAAAUGUAUUGAAUCGGAUCGAAAAUCAUGUCCCUCGUAUCAAAAUUCGUACCGAACCAUGACUUAACUGUAUCAUUGCAUCCCUAUGGAACACCAUUGCAGAAGCUAUGACGGGAAAAAUUUUUCUAAAUGCUGAAGUUGUUAAGUGUAUUUUUUUUUUUUUAAACACAUUUUAUUUAUUCUGUGUUUCUGUGCGGUAUAAAUAUUGUUGUUUUUUACUUAAGAGGUAUGGUCUACUCUAUUGUUUUUAGUUGUGAUUUCUUAGUAGAUUUGAAUUUAAGAGUAAAUAUCGCGUUUAAAUGGGUGUACUUCAUCUAUUAAUAUAUACUGUAUUCGCACUGUGUUAUUGUAAAUUGGUUUAAAAAAUUGGGGGGGGGGGGCGCAAUAAUAUCGCAUAUCGCAAUAAUUUAUGAGAAUAAUUAUCGCACACUAAAAUUUGUUAUCGCGACAGGCCUAGUUCUAAGAGCCAUUCUCGACGAGUCAGCUUCAAGAUUGGACACUUCAUCAUUGAGAACCUUCAUGUAUGAAACUAUGGCAAUAGUGAACAGUCGUCCACUAACUGUUGAGUGCCUUAAUGAUCCUGUAGGACCAGAGCCGCUCACACCGAAUCAUAUUUUGACUAUGAAAUCAACAGUGAUCACACCACCACCUGGAGAAUUCGUCAAAGAAGACCUCUACCUGCAAAAAAGAUGGAAAAGAGUGCAGUAUUUGGCGAAUGUAUUUUGGACCAGAUGGCGAAAGGAAUAUCUGUUAAACCUGCAACAGAGACGUAAAUGGAGUAAGAACAGAAGAAACAUGAAGAUCGACGACAUCGUUCUUCUACAGGAAGACUGUCUUCCGAGGAACCAGUGGAAGCUCGCCAAGGUUGUAGAAGUCACAACCGGAGCUGAUGGCAGAGUCAGAAAGGUCAAGCUUCUGAUUGGUGACUCUAAGACUGUUUUAGAAAGACCGAUACACAAAACGGUACUUUUGCUAGAAGCUGGUUAAGGACUAAUAAAUGUUUGACUUUGUAAAUAGUUCAUCAUUGUAUAUUGUUUAAUUGAAUGUUAAGGAUCACACAUACUGUAGUAAUAGUGUGAUGGUGGGAGUGUAACAGCUGUCAAGUUGUCCCGCAAUUCUUUGUUUCGCCAGCAAGCGGAGCUGUUGAAUCGCUAAAGUUAAAUUAACUUUUACAAGACGUGCAACUUAAUAUUUUUUGUGUGCAUUAUUUUUAUUGUUUAUUGUCAUUUUACAUUUCUUGGAAGUAUAUUGUUAAUAAUAAUUAGUUGAAAGGUUAAACUAAAAUUGUUAAAUUUCCAAGUUUAAUUGCAGUGAACGCACAACCAAUCAGGUCGCGUCCUGUUCUCCAAGAAGGAAGUGAAAGUCCGAUGCAGCAAGCUGUAGCAUAAGCAGCACUAGCUCUUUGGAGUUGCUGAUAGUAAGCAUAUAAAAGCCAAAUAAGUCAAGUGAAGUUCCCUGUUUGUUCAUGAGCAGGCCAAAGUGCUUGCUCCGGAGGAAGCAUCACAGGGACAGACUCUAAAUUAUCUACUUUCACUGUCUGCUGUACCAUCACCAUCGGAACAAGUCUGCAAUUCCACAGCAUCUACCAGUGAACAAGGCACGUCUGCAGAUCUUCCAGAGCCAAAACCCAUGAGGAAUCAAAGAACGGACGACAUCAUAUGGCAGAAGCUGGAGAUGGUUGAGAAAGAACUUGAAGCUUGCAAAGGUGACGAGGAUGUGCGAUUUGGCUACGUUGUUGCUGAUAUGCGCCGACAAUUACCAUCACGUGAGAGAAAUUCUGUAAAAUUCAAAAUCUUCAAACUACUUCAUGAGGCAUAUGAGAAAUGUGAGGCAGGUGACAUCCCUUAACCCAUGUAUAUGGCGGAAAACACAAGACUGAAAAAGAAGUUUCUGCUCUUGCACUCCUCUCUAAAAGAAACUGUUGUAUUUUAAGCCAAAAGAACUGUUGUGUUUGAUAGAACAAUUUGUCUAAAUGCUGCCAUAGCAGAUUCGUGGCUCAUUAAGCCCCCAAACUAUUUUUAAUUUGUCCCUUUAACCCUGGAAACCUUCGUUUACAGAUGUCACGCAAACGCUUUUGUUUCAACAAGUUUCGUCACAAUGAAAAAAUUGGCGUCCGUAAUAAAGUCACGGACAUCUACCUCAUAACUAUCGCUUAAUUGUAUUUUUUUUGUUUCUGUUGCAUUUUCCCCAAUAUGUUAGAUGAUAAAUAAUCGAUCCAAACAAAGAGAUCUUGGAAAAAAAAAACGUUAAAAGAGUAAAUGUAUGAGAAAGAACAUCUCGACCACUCCUUGAUGUCUGCGAUUUCUGCAUUGCGACCCUUGUUAUAUUACCAUGUUUCAACCAUAAAAUCCCUCCAAAAUCCGGCUGUGGCCAUUCACAUCAGUUUCUUGACACUCGAUGAUACAUGCUGCAUGGAGUUUUUGGAGCGAAACAAGGUAGGUACGCGAUAAUGUCUCGUUAAAAUCAUGGCGUCUUUAAUUCUGCUCUCGCCUCCAGUUAGGGUUUUGCUGUUUAAUUUUUUUUUUUUUUAAAUGCCCUCCUGUUCAAAAAUUUUCUUCUCCCAGAAAAUAGAGAUUUUAAGCUUUACAGUGAUGUAUCACACAUGCAAAAAGGACAAUUUUGAAAUUUGGUCAAAUUGGGGGUCUCAGAGCGGAACUUCAAGUCACCUGAGUGUUUUCCGCCAUAUAUAUUUUUUAGGGCUGUAACGAUACAAAAAAUCCCGAUAAAACUGAUGUCAUAAUUCUUGACUUCGAUACACAAAACGAUUUUUUUUUUAUUUGAAAAAUACUUUAAAUUGAAUUAUUACUAACAUUACAUGGAAAAAAACACCUGUAAAUCGAACACUAAUAUGCAAAAUAAAUAAAUAUAAUUCCCAGCCCAUCCAUCCAAAAUAGUUAUUAUUUCGCUUUAGAGGGGUGGGGUUGCUUUUGCCUAAACUAAAGUAAGGGGGGGAAAAACUUUGUUAGGUAUUAAUGAAAAUUAAAUUAAUGAAAAUUAAUAUUUCUCGCAUUAAAAAUUGUUUCGUGUAUUGACUCGUGGGUCAAGAAUCGUGAUACGAAUUAUAUUAUUGUGAAUUUUUGUAUCGUUGGAGCCCUACUAAUUUUAAUGAGUCAGUUUUUCCCUGAGUAAUCCAAUAUACUCUGCUGGCCAAAAGUAUUGGCACCCCUGCAAUUCUGUCAUAUAAUUCUCAAUUUCUCCCAGAAAAUGAUUGCAAUUACAAAUGCUUUGGUAGUAAUAUCUUCAUUUAUUUUGCUUGCAAUGAAAAAAACACAAAAGAGAAUGAAAAAAAUAAUACAAUUUUACACAAAACUCCAAAAAUGGGUUGGACAAAAGAAUUGGCACCCUCGGCCUAAUACAUGGCAGCACAACCUUUAGACAAAAUAACUGCGAACAACCGCUUCCGGUAUCCCAUCAAUGAGUUUCUUACAAUGCUCUACUGGAAUUUUAGACCAUUCUUCUUUGGUCAACUGCUCCAGGUCUCAGAUUUGAAAGGUGCCGUUUUCAGAUCUCUCCACGGGUGUUCUAUGAGAUUCAGGUCUGGACUCAUUGCUGGCCACUUUAGAAGUGUCCAGUGCUGUCUCUCAAACCAUUUUCUUGUGCUUUUUUUUAAGUGUGUUUUGGGUCAUUGUCCUGCUGGAAGAACCAUGACCUCUGAGGUAGACCCAGCUUGCUCACACUGGGCCAGACAUGAUGCUGCAAAAUUUGUUGGUAGUCUUCAGACUUCAUAAUGCCAUGCACACGGUCAAGCAGUCCGGUGCCAGAGGUAGCAAAGCAACCCCAAAACAUCAGGGAACCUCCGCCAUGUUUGACUGUGGGGAACGUGUUCUUUUCUUUGAAGGCCUCUUUUUUUUUUUCUCUCUGUAAACUUUAUGUUGAUGCCUUUCCCCCAAAAAGCUCUACUUUUCCCUCAUCUGACCAGAAAACAUUCUUCCAAAACGUUUUUGGCUUUCUCAGUUAUGUUUUGGCAAACUCCAGCCUGGCUUUUGUAUGUGUCUUGGUCAGAAGUGGGGUCUUCCUGGGUAUCCUACCAUAGAGUCCCUUUUCAUUCAGACGCCGACGGAUAGUACGGGGUUGACACUGUUGUACGCUUGGACUGCGGGACAGCUUGAACUUGUUUGGAUGUUAGUCGAGGUCCUUUAUCCACCGUCCGCACAAUCUUUCGUUGAAAUAUCUUGUCAAUUUUUCCUUUCCGUCCACAUCUAGGGAGGUUAGCCACAGUGCGAUGGGCUUUACACUUCUUGAUGACACUGCGCACGGUAGACACAGGAACAUUCAGGUCUUUGGAGAUGGACAUGUAGCCUUGAGAUUGCCCAUUCUUCCUCACAAUUUUGCUUCUCAAGUCCUCAGACAGUUCUUUGGUCUUUUUUCUUUUCUCCAUGCUCAAUGUGGUACACACAGGACAGAGGUUAAGCCAACUUUAGUCCAUUUUAACUGGCUGCAAGUGUGAUUUGGUUAUUGCCAACACCUGUUAUGUGCCACAGGUAAGUAACAGGUGCUGUUAAGUACACAAAUUAGAGGCGCAUCACAUGAUUUUUUUAAAGGGUGUCAAUACUUUCCGGCCCAUUUUUGGAGUUUUGUGUAAAAUGAUGAUUUUUUUUUUUUCUCUCUUUUGUGUUUUUUCAUUGCAAGCAAAAUAAAUGAAGAUAGUCCUACCAAAGCAUUUGUAAUUACAAUCAUUUUCUGGGAGAAAUUGAGCAUUAUCUGACAGAAUUGCAGGGGGGCCAAUACUUUUGGCCAGCAGUGUAGCAUACAUUGCAGAAAAACAAAACAUCAGGCUUCGCAUUUAUACAGUCUUUCGAUGGGACUUAGCUGCCACUGUAAUGUCAAAACUUUUAGACUGUUUAUUGUUCGGUAAGAACUAAGAGUGUAACUGUGUUUGUAUUCAUCCAGUACGGUCACAAUACUGGCAUCACGGUUCGCUGCACGCAGUCAGACGCUUGAGAUAUGAAAUGAAAAAUCCAUGUUGGAGUUAGUCCUCCAAUCCCAAAGGCGUUAUAGGUAAUGCGCCAAAACCAAUCAACGGGAAAAAGAAGACAAACCACAACAUACGAAGAAAUUAUCAUCAGGAAAGUUAUGGCGAAUGUACUGAGUGGGAACUAUCAAAAGCAGUAUUACAAGCAUUUUUAAAGUGUAUUUCUUUAAUACUGUAUUUUUGAAUCAGGCAAUGUUUAUUUUGCUGUAGCCUUAGGCUUAAGUCAUUGAAACUGAGUAUUUAUUUUUCCACUAUUUGAAGAGAUGUUUUUUCAGUUUGGGAACCAUUUGCACUUUUUGUUUUAUGUGCUAUGCUCACUGGUAAUGGUUACAGUUAACUAUGUGUCAUCCAACAUUUAAAAUGUUUUAUUUUUAUGAGGAAAAAAAGUUGCCAAUCUGGCAAGUACUACCUGACUUUAACUGCUAUCUCAGUCGAUCCCUACAAAAGCGGAUGGUUUUUAUUUUCUAUUUUUGCUCAUAAACUGUAAAGAACGUUGGGACAAUAAAAACACAUUCAAAAGAUUGAUGUUUUCUUCUAUUUAUUUUGCAAUUUAAUAAGAGCUGCUUUUUAGUUUUAGCCAAUAGAACAAACUUUAAUUUUCAAAUGCUGUGUAAAAUAACUAUUUUGCACUCCAAUAAAGUACACUUUCACUACAGAAAUAAGAUUGAAGAUUAAAGAUAUAUGGAAAUUACUUAUACAUCAAAGAAAAAUAUACAUUCAGUGACACUGGGGAUGCACAGAAUGUUUUUUUUUGUAAUUAGCACAUGAUUAAAGAUGGUUUAUCUAUGACAAUAAAAUCAUAAUAUUUCAGAUUUUUUAUUGUACUUAUAUUAGUUAUUUUAUAGACUAAAUUUAAAUGAAACACAGAGGAAACAAUCCAUAACCUUUUUACCAAAAGUCAAUUAAAUUUAACAAAUAGAAUUUAGUAACCUGUACUCUUGAAUUUAUAAUAGACGGCAAUUGAUAAUACACACACAAAAAAAUAGUUGAAUGAGUAUUUAUUAGGGGUGUAAUGGUACACAAAAAUCUCGGUUUGGUGCGUACCUCGGUUUUGAGGUCACGGU